CAUUGGUUCCUGCUCUCCUGACAAGGCUGUGUAAAUGUAGAAGUGAUCUGGGAGGAGGACCAAAGGUUCUUUGAUGGGGGGAAGAGUCCCAGCUGGUUGGGACCUCCACAGAGAACAUCUCCUCACUCAUAUCUACCUGAUCCAGAUGGAAUCUUGAUGGAAGUGAACUAACCCUCUCAUAUCUAUUGAUGACGUUUUUCUAUUUUUCCAGGACACGCCAUGGAGAAACCCUCAAAGGAUCGUCUCACUUUAUCUCCAGGUUGUAAAAUGGAAGAUGAGGACACCACAGGAGAUGGUGCCGAAAACUUGGAGGAGAAAAAAUUUCCCUGUCCUGAAUGUGGGGAAAGUUUUAGCUCUGGUUUAGGUCUUUUUAUACAUCAGGGAUCUCACAAGCAGGGGGAACUUCAUUCUUGUUCUGAGUGCGGGAAAUGUUUUCUGUAUAAAGCACAAUUGGUCAGACAUCAGAGAACUCACACAGGGGAGAAGCCGUAUCCCUGCCCCGAGUGCGGGAGAUGUUAUGCAAAGAAAUCUGAGCUUGUUUUACAUCAAAAAUUUCAUAAUGGCGAAGAGCCGUAUUCCUGCCCUGAGUGCGGGAAAUGUUUUUCACAUAAAUCAGGACUCACCAUACAUCAGAGAUCUCACACGGGGGAGAAGCCGUAUUCCUGCCCUGAGUGUGGAAAAGGUUUUAUAAGGAAGUCAUUACUUGUUGAACAUCAAAGGUCUCACACGGGGGAGAAGCCGUAUUAUUGCGCCGAGUGCGGGAAAUGUUUCUCGAUCAAACUAGGACUUGUUGUACAUCAAAGAAUUCACACAGGGGAGAGGCCGUAUUCCUGUUCUGAGUGUGGAAAAGGUUUUAAAAGGAAAUCAAUACUUGAUGUGCAUCAGAGGUCUCACACAGGGGAAAAGCCGUUUUCCUGCCUUGAGUGCGGGAAAAGUUUCUCACAAAAGUGCAAUCUUAAUACACAUCAGAGAUCUCACACUGGGAAGAAGUCGUUCUCUUGCCUUGAGUGUGGGAAAUGUUUCUCGCACAAGUCUUGUCUUACCAGUCAUCAGAGAACCCACACAACCCUCUAGUAGGUGUAUUAGUGUCCUGUGUGUGUGUGUGGGGGAAAUGUCUUCUUUAUUAAUCGUAUUUAGCCGUACAUUAGAGAUCUCACACUGUGGGGGCGGAAGCCGUUAUCUUGUGCUGAGUGUGGGAAAAGUUUCUGGCCAAAGUCUUGUCUUCCAAACAACAGAGAACCCACACAACCCUCUAGUAGUAACAGUUUCGAGGGCGGGAAAUGUCUUCUAAAUUAAUCAUAUUUUGCCGUACAUCUUAUUUUCUGUUAUAAAACAUAUAAAAUAAAAAUGUUGUGGAGGUACGAAAACCCCCAUUUUGGAAA